UUGGCAUUUAUUUUUUCAUCUAGGAUGGAGCAACUAGAUCAAAACCACAUGGUCCCCACUUAUGAGGAGGUGGUAAUGAGUGGCCAGUAUCCCAUCAGUCAGUCCUCUGAGCGGAACAACAGCAUCACCCAGCUGCCAGCCUAUGACGAACUAGAGGAAGAUCAGCGCACCGUGGAGGAUGGAUUCAGCCCAGCACGCAGACCUUCAUCCCAAAUCGACCCCAGCACUGGAGCGGGCGGCCGAAGAAACAGCCGUCCCGGGCGCAAACUAAUUCCCCUUAAAAUUAGACGCAUAAAAUCAGACAACCUUAGAAGGAAAAGCUUAAGUGAUAUCCAACAGAAUAACGUGUUCACCAUCGAACCCCUCACCCCGCCUCCACAGUAUGACGAUAAGGUCCCUCCACUUCCUACAGACACACAACAGUGAGGUUUACACUAACACUGCGGUGUGAAGUCUGCUAACCUCUUUUACGAAUUACUACUGCACUGAACUGCAUAUAACUCCUCUGGACAGGACAAUCCACUAUCAGCAGCACAGAGAAGGCAGUAGUGUGUCAAGUUGGAGAGCCUUCAUUAUGUCUUCCUGUGUUGGGUGUAUAUUUCCUGUUUCUCAAAAAAAAUUAAAAUUGGAGCUGAUUGGAUUAAAACUGACCUGGAACUUGGAAAGAUGUUUACUGAACAACUGCUGGUCUUGAUUUAGGCUGGUCUUGUCAGACCUGAAAUUCAGCAUCCAAGCUGUGCAGACCUUAAUUUCAUAGGACGUCCACAAGAAUUUCAGAAGAGAUGUGAUACUGUAAACUGUGAGUCACAUCAGCACUGUUGCAUUUUUUGCACUGAUUUGUUUGUGUGUGUCGGGUGUGAGGGCAUGUGAUGUUUUUUUGUUUUUGUAAAUUUUCUAUGAACUUUGCUUUUCCUGUGUUGGCUUUAACUUUUUGUGUUUGUGUGUAAGUACGCUUGUUCUUGGUGACCUUGUUGCCAGAGUGACAAACCGUGAGGUCAUCAGUAUGUGUCUCUUCGACACAGAGAGGUUCUUUGACCCUGCAGCUGCCUUAUAGCACUCUCUCACCAACACGCACCACCAGACACUAACUUGACUUUUCCACUUACUUGAUUACACAAACACUCAUCCCUUUAUUUUUAACUUUUCAAUGUUGAUUAGUGUGAAAACAACUGUGUUUCUCAUAGGGCAGCUGUGGCAUCUCCAUGCUGUGAGGUUUAAGCUCCCAUUCAUCUGUCUGCACUUGUGUUACUGCUCUAAACACUCCAGGAUUUUCACAGCUAGUUAUUACUGAAAUCAGUGUUUCUUUUUUUGGAAAAUUUGCUGAUGCCACUGCAGUUAAAGACAGACAUGGAUGGAAAAAUGUUGCCAAAUCUCAUGUGCAAUUUAAAGAUACGUUGUAUGUUUCUUCUGUUUAUUUUAUUCUAUUUUGUUACAUUCUAAUUGUAAGCUAGUAUGGAAAGAGAAAUAAAAAUUAUUUGGCAUGUG